UCGGGCAGAACAUGUUCGACUGCCGACGGUGACCUAUAUAAAUAGAAGUCGCUGUUGACAGACAUACGUGAAAACCCCCUUCACAGAUUUGUAAGUUCAAUUAAGCUGACAUGGCUACCGCUUUACCCCAAACAUCAAGUCAACUGAACCGUGUGUUAGACGCAUAUGGGUUGUCCAGAAGCUUUACUGAUUAUCGGAGGCGAGCAAUUAUCUAUGCACUUAUUGGUAUUGUUUUGGAUGGUGACAUGAUCAUGGUCCCCGUUGGCAGCAAAAGAGACGCGUUGUGCUCCUCCAUGGACACUGAGUCAGAUAUAGACUUUCUUUACAUUUUACCUGCAGCGGUGUUUAAUGAAAAGAACCAGGAUGAAAUGAAACGUUAUGUAUCAACUCAAAUAAAAAAAGAUUUCCCUGUAUUCAUUUUAGAAAAUGGGCCCAGCCCAGGAUAUAAAUAUUUAAAAUGUUUAGUAAAGGGAUACACAGACCGACCAAGCACUUACACUCAUUUUAGAGGAUUUACUUACUUACUGAACACACGCGAGUAUGAUAUACCAUGCUCUGAUAACCACUUUGACCCAUUCCAACUUGAAGUUAACGGGCCAGCUCUAAGUAUGUCAGGGGUAGAUGGCGAAGGCGAAGAAGAAAUUGCUUUUAAAUGUGAUGCUGUAAUGGCAUUUUGUUGUCCGUUUCUACCAACAGAUUUCGACGAAUGGUGUAACAGGAAGAGACACCACCGGUGGCCUCCCAAAUGGAUUAUAGAAACUACAAAGAAAUAUGGCUGCCUCGUUGUAGGUGUUGGUCAUCAAACGAGCGAGACCCAGGCCAUUGAAUGGCGUCUUUCCUUGACUAAAACAGAACUUCUCCUUACCAAAUCGUUCAACCAUAUCCAAAUGAAAUGUUACGCUAUGUUGAAGUUGGUGCUGAAGUGGAUAAUCCAACCGCAAAUGAAAGAGUCACUGAGUUCAUAUCAUGUGAAAACUGUUAUGUUUUGGAUGUCAGAGGAACGAGAGAAAAGGUUUUGGAUACCCGAAAACCUGUUCGAAUGCUUCAUUUCUUCCAUGAUGAAAUUGAAAACGUAUGUUGAAAACAAAUAUUGUCGUAAACUAUUUCCUGACUGAUGUUAAUUUGCUAGAAGGAAAACUAGAAGGGGACGUCCACCAGCGAGUCCUUGCGAUUUUAGAAGGUACAUCUAUGUAUCAUUGAAGAAGAACCUGCUGUAGUGUAUACAUGUUUGCCACUAAAUGCUCACAUAAAUGGUGCAAGAUGUCGCCAUCGUAGGGAAGAAGCAUGCAUAUGUUUACUGAAGCACCUUCUUGAAAAAAGAAUUGAUGAAAUAGGUUAUUGCAUUGAUGCUAUUCAAAACAAAUUGAAUACAAUAGUGAACGCCGACCUGUAUAGAGCAUGUUACAUUGGUAUGAUUGAUUGGCAUGUUCUCAAUGAAAUUCAAAAUCAGUCAGUACUUGAUUCAAAUACAUUCUCGUCUGUUUCAGUGUGUGAGGAGAUGGGUCUCCCAAACAAACGUCUUUAUUCCUUACAAAAGGAAAACAUCGCGAAGCUUCGUGGAAAUGGAUAUGUUGCACGUAUAAAACUAGCGACGCUCUUUUAUCACAAAAGACGGUUAGGUUGUUGCCUACCGCUUCUAUCGCUUGUCAUAAAGUCAAUAGAGUCCAGUCGGGAAUUCGAAGUGUGCACAGAGAGACAGGCUAGUUCGAAAUAUGAGGAAAUCGAAGGAGUCGAAUGUAUCUAUCUUAGUCAAAACAACAAAGGAUUCAGUGUGUCAGAAGUUGUGUUUGGCCCAUGUGACAAGUGUCUGAUACCUCAUGAUCUACAGGAUGAGAUGGGGAGACCAAAGACAGUAAACGGUACCUAUUACGAAGGAUGGGUGUUUGUCGACUCUAUAGUGUACGCGUACUACCUGUUGAUCUUGACGCUUCAUGACUUACGAAGAUACAGAUGUAUCUCCUCGUUGUUAAGACGGUUCCACAAGGUCCGCACUCAAAAACCUGGCACCAUCCGUAUUUUCCGGAAGGACAUGGCACGCCGUCUGUACAGCCAUGCCUUCAUGUUGGUUUGGGCUUCAACCAAAGGUUUCACCAGACUUUCUACAUAAAUAUGGGUCAGCUGGGAGACCAUUCCGAUAUAUGAAGGGGUGAAGUUGGGGAUAAAAAUGACAAAUGGCCAUUUCUUGACAAAACUACAUGUUAUUUUUUUUUUUUUAGUUGUUUUGAUUUAUUGUGUACAUGUGUUCAUGGGUUUGUUUGGGGUGACUUUAUCAUACAUAUUUUAACACUUCUUAAUCGUUAAGGUUCAGAAGCCAGGCAACAACUGCUAUUGUUAUAUCCACACUUAAAACAAUUUAGCUGAAUUUAUUUUUUAUAUAUAACAACUAAGUGUACCUCGCUUCCUUAGCGUUAUACUUACAGAACAUUCUACUGUGGAAUAAAUAUUUUGUCAGUUAGGGCGUUCUGGUGGCUAUCAUCGAAAACUCCUAUGUUUUGCAAAAUCAUACCUACGGGUUUAAAUCAUAGUGUUAUGACAUGAAAUUUCGGUCAGCUGGGAGACCAUUCAGGUAUAUGAAGGAGUGAAGUGGGGGAACAAAAUAACAAAUGGCUUUUUCUUGACAAAACUACAUGUUAUUGUUUUAUUUUUUAGUAGUUUUGAUUUAUUGUGUACAUGUUUUCAUGGGUUUGUUUGGGGUGACUUCAUCAUACAUUUUUUAACACUUCUUCAUAAUCGUUAACGUUCAGAAGCCAGUCAACAACUGCUAUUGUUAUAUCCACACUUAAAACAAUUUUAGCUUAAUUUAUUUCUGGUAAAUAACUAAGUGUACCUCGCUUCCUUAGCGUAAUACUUUCAGGAUAUUCUACUGUGGAAUAAAUAUAAUUGAAUGAAUGUAUGUACAAAGAAGUAUAAUAUUCGUUUAUAGAUCAUAUUUAUAUUGUUUGCUCACAUAAUGGGAUAUAUACAAAAAAAACUUGACACACACCUAUCAUAUUUAUUUUGGUGGAGGUCAUUAUAUCUGCGAGUUGCAUCCCUUCCUUCAUAAAGCUAAUUAUAGCUAAAAAUCGGAUAUUCAAAUAAUAUAAUCAGCACAACGACAGGCGGUAAAGUUACGGGAUCAUUUCAUGAAGUUAAGCAGUAAGAAUAGAUGUAUUCGAUGGUCUUGGUACUUUAUGACGAUAUAUGAGUUAAUGUUGACAGGUUUAUUUUCUUGAACAGAUAGUGAUUGCAAGCAGAUAAAUAUAUAUUGUUUGUAUGUGCCAAUAUAUAAAAUGACCUGCUAUGCUGGUUAAAUAUAAGAAUUGCGUCAUCAUACAGGUAAUGAAGGGAAUACAGACACGUGCUAACCGCGAAGGUCGUAAAUCUUAUUUGGACGCUGUGACCGUGUCUUAAAAAAACACCGAUAUAGUAUAUACAUGUGGCAUUUUUCUUCACGACGACAAAAUUCAUUUAACUUGCAUUACAUAACAUUUAAGAUUCGCUCGAGUAAUGUUUAGGCAGCAAUGGGAUUAUUUUCAGUUAAAACAUGGUUCAUAUUUAGCGAUUAAUAUUCAACAUGUGGAACUUUAUUUUCUUUAUUUUAUAUUGUGGAUAGUACAGAACGACAGGAUAUGAAGACACGCAUAUACAUAUACUUGUUUGUUCAUUAUAAGACAGUGUGGUGGCCUUUCUAUAGUAUAGAUACGGGUUAUACCAGGGGUAAAUAGAAAUAACUGGAUAUAAAUGUUUGGGGCAGAACUGCGCAAAAUCUAAUGUCAACUAAUCAAAGAUGUUUGCAUUGUGAAUUGCUGGAAGCUAAAGAGAUAAUUGAACGUUACAGUUUUCGAGGUUCGAGCUGCCGUUUACUUUGAUUGUUUCGGAGGAUUACUUGACAAACUUGUCGUUCAUGUAUUUAUAUUGGCCGGCCUCUAUAUCCGGAUCCCUGUCUAAACCGGCGGUGAUUUGUGGUCCCGGCAUAUACCCUAUAUAAUCAUUGUAGUUAAACCCUGUAUAAACCGGACCCUGUCCAUUCCAAAAACCGGCGGUGUUUCACAAAAAUUGGCAUAGUAACCCAUGUACAUUCCGGUCCUGAAAUUUCUGUUGGCCGGCUACAAUCUAAAGCAAACACAUUUUAAACAAAUUAGCGCUAUCCAAUGUUGGGUCACCCUUUAUUUGUAUUACAUAAUGUAUAUUUUGUAAAUAAUUAAAAGUUGCAAUCGA